AUGACUGCCGCUUCAGUAGGCAAGUCCAAUCUUGAGCUUGUCAACGAUUGCGACAAAUCGCCGCGGGAGCCUGCACGGCUGUGGUGGUUUAUGCUUGAGCGCUGCACUCAGCCCGUCGGUCGCUUGGAUUCGUAUGUGAAGAGUCAGAUUCCAGUUGGAUCGGCGCAUUGGCGGAUCGAUCCUGAUAGACGAACCGUUACCCUGCUCGGGACAUCUCGCGAUGAACGAGAUGCCCGCAUGGACGUCUUUCUCCGCUCCAUGAGGAAUAGUGGCAUUUUGCCUGAACUUUCGGCUUGGACUGGCGAAGAAAAUGCUGUUUAUGGCCCUGGGCGCUCGGUGCUGCUGAGCUUGGAGCGCGCUGCGGCGCCUUUGUUCGGCAUCACCACUUACGGAGUGCAGCUUCUGGCGUAUACGAACACAAUAGAUGGCCUCAAAGUGUGGCUACAGAAGCGAGCAAGACAUAAACAGACCUACGCAGGGCUACUGGACAGCACCGUUGGCGGGCGAAUCCGCAGCGAUGAAAGCCCUCUGCAGGCGCUGGUUCGUGAAGCCGAUGAGGAGGCCACCAUCCCGCCUGAUAUGGUUCAAGAAGCCGCUAUUGCAGUCGGCGCAGUAAGUUAUCUCGACAUCACCCAGGAACGGGUUCCAGGUCAAGGAGUACGUCUUAACCCCGAUACUCGGUUGAUAUAUGAGCUUGAGCUCCCUACGGAGUUGCAACCCGUCCCAAAAGAUGGAGAAGUAGAGGAAUUCGUAUUGCUGGACAUGAAGGAAAUGAACGAGGCCAUGAGAAUGGGCCGAUGCACUCCAGGGAAAGCUCUUAUCAUGCUUGACUUUUUCAUCAGAAGAGGGAUUCUCAAUUAUGAGAACGAACCCGACUAUCUCGAGAUAGUCUCACGGCUACAUCGAAAUCAUGAGCACGGCUACGCAUAG